GGGGCCACGCGCGACCCGGGACCUCUUCUACCCCUCAGUGUGCGCACCCAGACCCGGGGCGAGCCCACAGAGCUGCUCCUCCCCUUCACUGCUCCCUUGCCUCUGUGGCCUUUUUCUUCGCUCCCCAGAUACCAGGAGCGUCCCUAAGCUUUGGGGGAUAAGGGGAGCGCCAAGGGCCGGAUCCAGGGAAUGUGAGCGGGGACUGGGUGUCCCGGGGCAAAGGGUGGCGCGCGCCCUUGGGCUCCGAGAUCGAGAAGUGGCUGGCGGCCGCCUCGAAAACCCCGGCCGCGCUGGGAACGAGUGUGGCCGAGAGAACCCGCCUCGGCGCGGGCCUGGGCAGAAAGCCCGGCUGCACCGCCACGCGCUCUCAGGCCUUCGGCUGCGGCCUGCCUUUGCUCUGACUUGAGCCAUUGGGAGCCUCACAGUUCAGUUCUCGCUCCUCCUCCUUCCCCGCGGGUCCCGCCGCAGUGCCCCGGCGGCCGCGACCACAGUCCUGGGAGCACCGCUCUGCCGCUGGGGGAGGGUUGGCCCCAGGAGUCGUUCGUCCUGCCCAACCACUCGGGCAGCUUCUCCCAGCCUUCGGGGCUAGCCUGAGCUGCCUGGAGAGGCGUCGAAAGCAGCAGCUGCUUCUGCCUCCUUGCCUCUCCGGCCUGGGACGUGAGCUUUGGGCCCAUGUGUGUCCAAGAGGCGUCCGCAGUCUAAGGCCACAGCCGUGGGGGGCCUAGUGCCCCCCGGGAGACCCUGGGGACAGUUUAGAGCGCGCCCCUUGGAUGAGGUCCCGUAGCGACGCCCAGGCCCGCCCCAUUCCUCCUCCUGCCUGGCCAAGCUGCCUCCCUUUUGGAAAGUUUCGUGGGUUUUCUUUCUCUUCCUCCAACUUUGGGGGAAGCAACUCUUCAAGCGACACAGCUUGGGGGUGACCUUCUGGCUUGGAGGCCGGGAACCAUGGUGAGGGGCAGCCAUCGCUGAAGUCAGUGAAACUGAGCCUGGUCUGAAGCAGGCAACGCUGGAGGCCAGAGCCAUGGCCAUUGCCACGUCGGCCCAGCUUGCCCGGGCACUCUACGAUAACACUGCUGAGUCCCCCCAGGAGCUGUCGUUCCGCAGAGGAGAUGUUCUACGGGUACUGCAGAGGGAGGGUGCUGGCGGCCUAGAUGGCUGGUGCCUUUGCUCCCUGCAUGGCCAGCAGGGUAUCGUGCCUGCUAAUAGAGUGAAGCUCCUUCCUGCUGGCCCAGCGCCCAAGCCUAGCCUCGCCCCAGCAUCUCCCGCCCAACCUGGCUCAUCGUGUCUCACCCCAGAGCCUGGCAGUGAGGAGCAGGAGGUGUAUGUGGUGCCACCACCAGCUCGACCCUGCCCUGCCUCAGGACCUCCUGCUAGAUCCUGUUCACCCUCUCCCGACUCCAUCUACAAGGUUCCCAGAGUCAAUGGGACACAGCUCACUGCCCCCAGAGAUGUGUUAGAGGUCUAUGAUGUGCCUCCCAACGUCCUCCGGGCUCCCUCCAGCUGUCCAUAUGACUCCCCAGCUUCCUUUUCCUGUCCUCUGGCUCCAGUUGACCCACAGUCCCCUGGAGAGGAUGAAGCUCCCUACGAUGUGCCCCUGGCCUUGAAGCCAUCUGCUGAGCUGGAGCCAGAUCUGGAAUGGGAAGGGGGCCGGGAACCAGGGCCUCCCAUCUACGCUGCCCCAUCAAACCUGAAACGGGCGUCAGCUCUCCUCAACCUGUAUGAAGCCCCCGAGGAACUACUGGCAAAUGGGGAAAGCAGGGACCCAGAGGAAGACAUCUAUGAUGUGCCUCUGCUGGGACCAGAGUCACCAUCUCCAGAGUCACCUGGAGCUUCUUCCUCCACUGACCUGGACACUGUGGCCCAGCUUCUGACCAAAAGCCCUCCACUCCAGCACAGGCCCAGGCUGCCCUCCACCGAGAGCCUGUCCCGCCGCCCUCUGCCUGCCCUGCCUGUCUCUGAGGCUCCCACCCCUUCCCCAGCACCCUCUCCUGCCCCAGGCCGAAAGGGCAGUAUCCAGGACAGGCCCCUCCCGCCUCCCCCACCCUGCCUGCCUGGUUACGGAGAUCAGGAGUGCAGGGAGGUAGAUGACGGCUCAGCAGCCCCUCACAAUGAGUACGAAGGCAUCCCAACGGCCGAGGAGUAUGAUUAUGUGCACCUGAAGGGUGUGGAUAAAGCGCAGAGUUCCAGACCCCUGGAUAAAGCUUUCCCAGCCGGUCCUGAAUUGCCAGAGAGGGGGUUGCUGGAACAGCAGGAAGUCCUGUCCCCAGAGGAGCCGCUGGUCCUGUCCACCGGAGACCUCCAGCUUCUGCACUUCUACGCAGGGCAGUGCCAGAGCCACUACUCAGCUCUGCAGGCUGCUGUGGCCGCUCUCAUGUCCAGUACCCAGGCCAACCAGCCUCCGUGCCUCUUCGUGCCCCAUGGCAAGCGAGUGGUGGUGGCUGCUCACCGCCUGGUGUUUGUUGGGGACACCCUAGGCCGACUGGCAGCCUCUGCACCUCUCCGAGCACAGGUUGGGGCUGCUGGUACAAUGCUAGGCCAGACUCUGCGGGCUACUGUGCUUGCUGUCAAAGGGGCUGCCUUGGGCUACCCGUCUGGCACCGCAGUCCAAGAGAUGGCACGGUGUGUAGCAGAGCUUGCAGGGCAGGCCUUGCGUUUUACCAACUUGCUCGCUGGCCUGCUCCCCUGAGGGCCUGUUCCUGCAGCCUUAGCUUCUCCUGCCUGCCAGAGCCCUGCUCCAUGAGGGUGGCUAGAGGGCUCUGUCGAGGGAAGGAGGGGAUUCUUCCCCUUUUCAUCUCUUUUGGUCGUCUUAGCCACUCACCAAGGCAUCUCUUUCCCCUUACCUACUGCUUUUUGUAUGAGCCAUUUUGUAUAAAUUAUUUAUAUUUAAUAUUUCUUGCUUUGUCCAGGCAGGCAUCAGGCCCUCUGGGGCGGGAAGGGACUGGAUCUUCCUCAUCAGACUGGGGUGGAGGUCGCUGUACUGCCUUCUGCCUUGGGGGUUUGGAGCAUGGAAAGUCUGGUGGCUGAGACGCGGGGCUACACAGAGCCUCUCUCCUGUUUCUUGACUGAGAAUGACCAGCACCUCACGCUCUUCUGAGAGUGAGGCAGGGCGGUAAUUGCCCAGAAUGUAGUAGUCUGGGAAACUACUAGAAGGCUCAUCCCCUCACAGGUCAGGCCAGCUGGCCAUGGUUAAAUAAACCCUGCCAUCUGGC